GUUACGUUACUACGCAUCCUCUGACGUAAUCUCGUAGAUGCACAUGUCUCUCGCGAGAUCUCUCUGUUCGACUAAUGCGAGCGGAAGUUGCUCGUAUUUCUCUUUUCCGGCGGCCAUAGUAGACUGAGCGGCUGGUAACCAUGAAGUUCAGUCGGUUUGUCACCUCAGACCGCAGCAAGAACCGCAAGAGGCACUUCAAUGCCCCCUCUCAUGUGCGCAGAAAGAUCAUGUCCUCUCCCCUCUCUAAGGAGCUAAGGCAGAAAUACAGCGUCCGCUCAAUGCCCAUCCGCAAAGAUGAUGAAGUGCAGGUGGUUCGUGGACAUUACAAAGGCCAGCAGAUUGGCAAAGUAGUCCAAGUGUACAGAAAGAAGUACGUCAUCUACAUUGAACGCGUGCAGCGUGAGAAGGCAAAUGGCACUACAGUUCAUGUCGGAAUCCACCCCAGCAAGGUGGUGAUCACAAGACUAAAGCUUGACAAAGAUCGCAAGAAGAUCUUGGAACGCAAGGCCAAGUCUCGCCAAGUUGGCAAAGAGAAGGGCAAAUACAAGGAAGAAACCAUAGAAAAGAUGCAAGAGUAAUAUGUCAAUAAAUAUACAGUUGGUUUCUACAA